UCGCUGUACACACGACAGACUGAAUGAAUAUUCAUGUUCUUGUUCAUGUUCUUUGUCUUUCUAUACAAAUCCUAAUCUUUAUACUAUUCUUUUCAAUUUUUGACUUUUUAAAAUCUUUUUCGUGCCAAUUCCGUGAGUUCCACUUCAAUUCCCCCAAAAGAAAACCCUAAAUCUUUCUCCCGAAUGAUCUUCAUCUUCCUCGACAUCAGAUUUCACUCUUGUACAUCGAAUUUGAAUUUUAAUUCUUCAAAUUCCACUUUCAAUUUUGUGCAGUAGUGUAAUUUUAGGGUUUCGACGCAAUGGUUCGCCGGAUGGAAUCCAUCCAAGAUCUUAUUGAAGAAGCUAAAGUUCGUUUUUUGUGGUGGUUUAUUUUUAUCUUCUCCAUUACAUAUUUUUUAUCUCAUACAAGUAAGUCAAUGUGGAUGAAUGUCCCAGUUGCAGUCUUAAUUGCAAUUCUAUUACGUCACCUAACAAAAGAGAUAGAGUUCCAUCCAAAGGUUCCAUCAACUAGUAAACAAAAAUGUCUUUCUCACUGGGAAAAGAAGCGACUCUCAGUGAAUGAUCCACGUUUGUCUACAGCUCCUCCCCAGUCAAAAUGGAGGCGAAAAUUCGAUUCACCCAUUGUCGAGGCUGCAGUAGAGGACUUUGUUAAUAAGAUAAUACAAGACUUUGUUAUGGAUUUAUGGUAUUCCGAUAUUACACCUGACAAAGAUGCUCCUGAACUAAUGCGUGUCAUUAUACUGGAAGCCCUUGGAGAAGUUGCUGGAAGGGUAAAGGAAGUGAACAUUGUUGAUUUACUAACUAGGGAUAUAGUUGACUUAAUAGGGGAUCAUUUGGAAUUGUUUAGAAAAACCCAAGCGUUAAUUGGCAUAGAUGUUAUGGUCACUUUGUCUUCUGAAGAAAGGGAUGAAAGACUAAAACAUCAUCUUAUUGCUUCUGGAAAACUCCAUCCUGCAUUGAUAUCUGCUGAGAAUGAGUACAAGGUUCUUCAGAGACUUAUGGCUGGAUUACUAGGUUUAGUUCUGAAGCCAAAAGAAGCACAAUGCCCUCUUGUUCGAUGUAUUGCCCGAGAGUUUGUAACUUGCUUAGUAAUGCAACCUAUUAUGAAUCUUGUGUCUCCGGAGCAUAUCAAUCAGUUGGUCGAGCUUAUUCUUCUUCAAUUUAAAGACUUUUUGACUGGAAUGGAUAGUGAUGAUAUGUUACCAAAAGCAGAAAAUGAUCAUUCGGUUGCUGAAGGAAGCAUAGAAAUUAGUGAAUCAGCAUCCAAGAGACAUAAAGAGUUCCAUAAUGAAGAAUCUGAAAUGCCAUAUGGUAGAAUGGAUGAGCGGAGAAAACUGGCCUUGCAGGCUCCACCGAUUCCCUCCUCUAAUAUGUCUUAUCAAGAGUCAGUCCAGCCAAAGGUUGCUGAUUGGGCACGUGUACUGGAUGCUGCAACUCAGAGACGUACCGAAGUUCUUACCCCUGAGAAUCUUGAAAACAUGUGGGCAAUAGGAAGGCACUAUAAAGAUAAAAUUAAUAAAUCUGCAAAAGCACGUCCUCCUCUAGUAUCUGAUAGUAGCAAAAUAUUAGUGGAUUCCAUGGCAGGAUCAAAACCCACUGAUUUAGUUAAAGACAACAACAAGAAGAAAAGAGUAUCUAUGGAUGUAGAAAAUGAAUUUCUUUCAAAAGAAAUGACCCUUGUCUGUGAAGUUGAGGGUACUAAUAUCAACACAACUGAUGGAUAUAAAACUAGGCUUAAGAGAUCCAGUAGUACUUCUGAUGUACUAGUUGAAUCCGGGGAGAAAAGUGCCAGUGCUCGUGGAAGCCAAAGUCUUCUGAUUUCAGAAGACUUCUACAGCCCAGAUUUUGCAAGCCGCAGUGUUCAAGAAAAAUUUGAUGAUCUGUCAGGCUCAGUCAUUCGAGCUGUUGGAUCACACUUUCCCAAGCUUAUGUGUCGGGUUGUUGGAGCAUACUUCGAGAAAAUUGGAUCAAAAUCAUUUGCUGUGUAUUCUAUUGCUGUCACUGAUGCACAGAAUAACAAGUGGUUUGUUAAAAGGAGAUAUCGGAACUUUGAACGACUACAUCGACAACUUAAAGAUAUUCCAAAUUAUAACUUGCAUUUACCUCCAAAAAGGAUUUUCUCAUCUAGCACUGAAGAUGCUUUCGUGCAUCAGCGUUGCAUCCAGCUUGACAGAUACCUGCAAGAUCUGUUAUCCAUAGCUAAUGUUGCUGAACAACAUGAAGUGUUGGACUUUCUCAGCGCUUCAUCCAAGAAUUACUCAUUUGGAAAAUCUCCAUCAGUUAUGAAAACGCUUGCAGUUAAUGUGGAUGACGCUGUCGAUGAUAUUGUACGCCAAUUCAAGGGUGGAUUUUCGCGUAAAGUUGUUGGGUCAUCUCCAUCAAAUUAUGAAAACCUUACAUCUAUGCCAACCACAAACUUGUCCUUGAGUGAAAGUGAUUUGCAAAGUUCAUUAGAUGCUUCAAUUGAAACUGCUAAUAAUCUUUCUGAUAAUGAGGAGGGUGAUAAAGAUGAAAGGUGUGGCCCAGAGGCAGCAGAUGCUGAUGUUAAAGAAAAUGGGUGGCAUUCUGAUAAUGAAUUGAAAUCAAAGAGCUUUCCACCUCGAGUGGUUAAAAAGACUGGAGAUACACUAAAUUCACAUUUUGAGACAAUGCAACCCUUUAUGAAAUCCAACAUGGUUGGCGUUGCAAGUUUACCGGACAUGCCUCACCCAACUGAUGAUUCUGUUCGAGUGCCACCCGAGUGGACACCACCUAAUGUUACCGUGCCUAUGUUGAAUCUGGUUGAUAAGGUCUUUCAGCUUAACAGAAGAGGCUGGAUAAGGAGACAAGCCUUUUGGAUCUCAAAGCAAAUAUUGCAGCUAGUGAUGGAAGAUGCUAUUGAUGACUGGCUAUUGAUGCAGAUUAAUUGGCUGCGCAGAGAGGAUGUUAUUGCUGAAGGAAUUCGGUGGGUUAAAGAUAUUCUCUGGCCAGAUGGCAAGUUCUUUCUCAAGCUAGAGAUCACUGGGGGUGGAUCAGAUGAAAUGGACGAUUUUCAUUCUUUUCAAGCUACACCUCGAGCGUCCAGAAGGAAUGCACAAUCUAGUUCGUUUGAAUUGCAACUUGAGGCUACUCGUAAAGCUAGUUUUGUGAAGAAGGUGCUCUUUAAUGGAGCUCCAGCACCCUUAGUCAGUAUGGUUGGCGCAAAACAGUACAAACGUUGUGCACGGGAUAUCUUCUAUUUCCUUCAGUCUUCCGUAUUUCUGAAACAAGUUGCUUACACUGGCUUGGAGCUCGUGCUUGUAUCAAUCUUUCCCGAGUUGAAAGAUCUUGUGGAUGAUAUUCAUCAAAAGAUGCAACCAAAACAAACUUGAGAUUCCGCUCUUAUUGAUCUUUAGAGAGCAACUUAUACCUUUUGGAUCACGUUAACUGCUCGAAAGAAUGUUUUACUUCAAAAGAUAGCCCAUGUGAAGAUCUUCAAAAGGGUCCCUGAUUCAUCAGGUUGCGUUCGAUACAACAUGUUGCUUUUCCUGAACAAUUCGACUGAGAUGAGAUUUGGGGAGAUCAGGGAAGAAAAAACCCAACCCGUCUAUGCAACUCAAUUAAGCUGUUUCUCGACUGGGUUUGGAUACGAGUUUUGUGUAAUACUGAAUAGAGAAGUUAAAGCUAUGUUGGCUAUGGUUCAACUGUACAGAAUUGUCAGAUUUUGUGUAGAGUCCUGUUUCUGUUACCUGCUAAAUCCUCUAUAGCAACCCCUUGUAAGUUUGGUAGGGGAUUUUGAUUGUAUUUUUUUUUUUGUUUUUUUGUAAAUGUGUAAAACAAAGAAUUAUGAAGUAUAUUACCGUCUCAUAGUAAAGUUCUUGAUCA